CAUUCCCGAAGUUUCUACAUUUAUCAUCUGCACCGCCCAUGGUAAAUAUGAGAUUUGACACGUGUCUUCGUAUUCUGUUGCUAUGCAAUUUCUAUACAGUUACACCUAUGGAUCAUGCUAUUCCGGAAAAAUCCAAGCUUGACUUCACAACUGAAAAACUUUCCCGAGCCGCUCGUCUGUUCUCCAGCAUUACUCUGUUUAACAAUCUUACAUCUGGCCAUGUCGACGAGGAUGAUUUGAUUGCCGAACUUCUGAAUAUUGAGACUGGUAACCUUGGGGCUGUGGAAAAGUAUAACAAAUCGAAAGCGGAUGCAUUUAUUAAACAAUACAAAGACACGAAACAGGAGUUGGAUUUUUCGUAUGAUGACUUGUAUUUCGUUUAUUGGAAUACGAUUCAAUUGAUAUGGAACAGCAUUGGCAAUUUGAGUAUACACUCUGAACAAAUCAGAUGGAACGAUGUGUCUGAUAUUUCUAACUGGAAUAUUGAAUGGUUCAAGGGUAAUGAUCCAAUGGAUUUGGUCGAAUCAAUAAGGGAUGAAACUUCAUCGCUAGAUGACAUUAAAACCAAAUUGAAGAAAUUGGCAUCCGCACUUACAGAGGCGCCCACCAUAAAUACUCUGAAAACUGCUAUUGCAACUAUGGAGAAUGUGAAACCAUUCUAUAAGUUGGCCGAGAUUUCCGAAUAUAUCGUAACAGCAGUCGAAAUACAUGCUUCUCAAAAUUUAGAUGAUCAUUUUCGGAGUAACGUCAAAAUCUUGUCAAGGUUGUCUUCUGUAGCAACUCCCGAAAUCAAUGCAAUAAUCAGUGUGCUGAAUUCUCACUUUUCGCGUUCUCUACCGCCUCGUCAAGCAACGUUCGGCUUCUUGGAUGGAUUCAAAGAUCUCAGACUACUUUUCAAGGAUACUGUCGAUACUUGGUUACUGGAUGUAGUUGGAUCUAACAAUAACCUCAGAAGUGUUCGGAAAUUGAUUCGGUUGAAAGAAGAGUUUCGGUGCAUUGACGACAAAUGGAUGAGUCUCAAUAAACAGGAGCAUUAUUUAUUUAUGCAUCGCAUUGCAAGUAUUUCAUAUUGGCUCAGCAACUUUGUAAAUGUCUCAGGUAUUGAAUCGUUUAUCAACAAAACUACGGAAGCAUGUGGGUUGGUUAAAGAUGUCAAUUCAGAUAUCCCAAAUCUUAAAUAUAACUCACUUUUGCCACAAAAGCUUCAUUUGAUUGGAUAUAUAGUGCAGGUUAUAAAUAAUAAAAAUGGGAUUUUGGACAAAAUCGAUGAUAUUUCUGACAAUAACUCAAGCGACUUCAAAAAGAUUUCUGGUUUGAUUAUGAGCCUACGACAUCAUUUCGAAAUAUUGAAAAGCGGUGAUAUGAAGAAAGAAAUUACUGAAAUGAUGAAGUAUCAAAAUGCCAUCCCUGAAAUUGUAUCGGGUACCAAAGGAAAAAGUCUCCUAUCUUGGCUGAAAUGUCAGAAUAAUUUCAGUAUGGAAAGUGUGGAUUCAGCCGCAAAGCUAAUAGUUGAAAUGUCCGGAACAGUCUAUGAGACCGUUGGAACCACCAUCUAUGAUACUGUUGAAGACCGUUUUGAUGAAGUUUCAACUGUAGUAGAAACGACAUCGGGUAUUGUUAAAAAUGUACGAUUGCUUUUGAAAGAAAUCAAGAAUCAGACUACAACUGAUCUGAGACACUUGAAAAAUUUGGACAAAUACUCGAAAACGUUUGGAGAGGCUGUGAAAGCAUUGGUUUCUAUCAAAAAAGCAUUCGAUCACAAGGAUGAUUUUGAGAAGUUCAUUGAGAAAGGUAUGAUGAUUCAGAAGAUAAUCGAAAACUUAAAAAGCAACAAAUACACACCACUCUUGAAGUCUUUAUUUGGAAACUUCAGACACACAGUUCUCGAAAUCGCUACAUUUUUUUACAAGGUCGAUACGUGGGCGGAUCAAAUCGUUGACCCGAAAAAACUCAAGUUUCAUCAAUUUGGGGAUUGGCUCGCAAAAUUGGCUAGUUUCGAAGACAUAAAUCUACAGUUAGAGAAUCGAUUGAUUCGAGCUACAUGGUGGGAUGAUAUCUAUUCAGUAAACAAAACAGUCAAGGUAGAAUUUGAAGAAGCGGCGUUUGCACUGUCAAAACUGGAUCUUAAAUUCUCCGUCUACAAGUCCUCCCUUCUCGCAAUGCCAAGAGUCAUGAGACAAAUUGAGAAAGUGCUCAAGAACGAGACAAUCGAAGUGCAACCAGAACCAAUCAAGUCUACAUAUCACGGUCCAAAAGUUGUAUCCACUAUUUAUUACGAAAUGACCAUCUUCCUCAUCGCUUAUGCCGCUGGAAACCUAUUGAUUGCUGCGAUUUGGUGCUAUUGUGAGGAAGACUGUUUGUUUCAUAUUUUGAAACGGCGGUAUUAUAAUAAAUUUGAUUAAAGCCCUUGAUUGCUGAAGAAGACCGCCUAUUAAAUAUAAAAGAGUCCUAACAAAAAGUUAACUUUUCUGUGGUAAAUAAA